CUCAAAGUUUUGCCAGAGUCCUUCGCGGCUGUACAUUGGUGUUGUCUCCGUCAUGAAGGAAGUGCUGUCCUUCUGGGAUGUGGCCAUUGACUUCUCUCCAGAAGAGUGGGAACGUCUGGAGCCUGCUCAGUGGAAUCUGUACAGGGACGUGAUGUUGGAGAAUUACAGCAACCUUGUGUUCCUGGGUCUUGCUGUCUGUAAGCCACAUCUGGUAACAUUUCUGGAGCAAAGACAAGAGCCUAUGGGUGUGAAGAUACAAGAGGUAGCCACUGUGUAUUCAGGAGUAACACCCAAUGAUCCUAAUGACUACAGCAAGACCACUAAUUGUAAAUCACUCCUCAUGAAACGACAAAGAAUUCAUAUAGGGGAGAAACGCUACAAGUGUGAAAAAUGUGGUAAGGCCCUGAGUUCUCAUAAAGCACUAUCCAUACACCAGAAACUUCACACUGGAGACAAACCCUACGAGUGUGAAGUGUGUCGUAAGGCCUUUAGUACUCGCUCGUCACGUUUUAUACACAUGAAAAACCACACCGAUGAAAAACCCUACAAGUGUGAAGACUGUGACAAAUCAUUUUACUAUCCUUCAAUGCUCAAGCAACAUCAAAGAAUUCAUAGUAGAGAAAAUCCCUCUCAGUAUGAAGAAUGUGUCAAAAGAUUUUCCCCUCCUCUACAUCUUCAGGAACAGGAACAAAUCUAUACUAGAGAGAAACCCUACAAGUGUGGAGAAUGUUAUAAAGCCUUUCGUUAUCACUCAGCCCUUAGGAUACACAAGACAGUUCAUACUGGAGAGAAACCUUACAAGUGUGGAGAGUGUGGGAGAUGUUUUUCCUCAUCUUCCUGCCUUAGAAGACAUCAAACAAUUCACUCUCCAGACAACCCCUACAAGUGUCAAGACUGUGGCAGAUGUUUCUGCUCAUCUUCAUCCUUUAGACGACAUCAAACAUUCCAUUCUCAGGACAAUCCUUAUAAAUGUGAAGAAUGUGACAAAAGGUUUUCAUGUUCUGCAAGUCUUCAUGAACAUCAAACAAUUCAUACUGGAGAGAAACCUUACAAAUGUGAAAAUUGUCACAAAGCCUUUCGUUAUCACUCCUCCUUCAGGAGACAUAAGACAGUUCAUACUAAAGUGAAAUUCUACAAGUGUGAAAAGUGUCCUAGGUGCUUUUCCUCAUCUUCAUGCCUUGUACGACACCAAGUAAUUCACUCUGAAGACAAUCCACACAAGUGUGUGGAAUGUGGCAAAGCCUUUGUUAAUGUUUAUAGCCUUAGUCGACACAUGACAGUUCAUACUGAAGAUAAAUCCUGCAAAGGUCUUAAAAAGUUUAUAUUUCUUCAGUCAUUAAAAGGCAUCAAAUAAUUCAUACUGACUAAAACUCUGUGACUCUGUGAAGUGUGGUAAAAAUAGUUCCUAGUCCUUCCAACCUUACCCAACUCAAUCCAAAGGUUAGACUAUUAAGUGAAUUAGUCUGGAAUGUCAACACCAACAUGUUACAUCCAUCAGUACAAAUAUAGAGAAUAACAUCAGAGAACAGUACAGACUUUUCUUUGCUAUAACC